GACUUGUUGUGGUCGCUCCUUCUACAAUUAGAAAUAUGUAUUAAAUUAAAUGUGUCUAUAAUUAAAAGUGUAUUAAAUUAAAUAAUAAUACUAAAUACAUAACUAAAAAUAUAUAUUUUUUAAUGAUUCAUUUUACGUUUCGGGGAUCCUUAGAAUGAAGGCAUUUGACCGCUUCCCCCCACAGGGCUCGUGAAUUCGGUGUCACGUUUCCUCAGGAUCACGUGACGUUCUGUUGACAGUGGAGGACGGGGGAAGAUGGCGGCCCGCUGGAGCAGCGAGAAUGUGGUGGUUGAGUUUCGGGAUGCCCAGGCCACCGCCAUGUCAGUGGAUUGCCUGGGCUCACACGCUGUUCUGUCUGGGAGGCGUUUCCUGUACAUGGUGAACCUGGAGGCUCCCUCUGAACCGCCGCGCAAGAUUGGGCGCCAGAGUAAGUGGGACGUGGGGACGGUCCAAUGGAACCCUCACCGAUCAGAGUCCCACGUCUUCGCUGCCUCGAGUAACCAGCGUGUGGAUCUUUACUCGUGGAGGGACGGCUGUGGAGAAGUUCACAGCUCUCUGCAGGGACACACCCGGGUCAUCAGUGAUCUGGACUGGUCCUGGUUCGAACCAGAGUUCCUGGUCACCAGCUCAGUGGACACCUACAUCUACAUCUGGGACAUCAGAGACACUCGGAAACCCACCGUGGCUCUUUCUGCUGUUGCCGGAGCAUCUCAGGUGAAGUGGAACAGGAAGAACCAGUAUCUGCUGGCGUCCAGUCACGAUGGAGACGUUCGGAUCUGGGACAAGAGAAAACCCAACACGGCGUCCGAGUACGUGGCAGCUCACCUGUCCAAGAUCCACGGCCUUGACUGGCAUCCGGAUAACGAGUUCAUCUUCUCCACGUCCAGCCAGGACAACUCUGUGAGGUUUUGGGAUUUCCGACAGCCCAGGAAGUACCUGAACAUCCUGUCCUGUCAGGUUCCAGUGUGGAAGGCCCGAUACACGCCGUUCUCCAACGGUCUGGUCACGGUGAUGGUUCCUCAGCUGCGGAGGGAGAACAGUCUGCUGCUGUGGAGCACGCUGGACCUCAACAGUCCCGUUCACGCCUUCGUGGGACACGACGACGUGGUGCUGGAGUUCCAGUGGAGGCCGCAGAAAGAAGGCUCCAAGGAUUACCAACUGGUCACGUGGUCCAGAGAUCAGACUCUGAGGAUCUGGAGGGUGGAUCCUCAGCUUCAGAAGUUGUGCGUCAGUGACGUGGUGGACGAGCUGAUUGACAGGAUGUCUCUCAGCGUGGAGACGGAGACCUCUCUGGUGUCUCAGGAGCCUGGUGGUCAAUUCAGUGUCGGCCUCGCUGCCGAGAACCUGCAGGAUCAGGACGGUGCUUUGAGCUCGGUGGUGGGUUCAGGUGUCCCUCAGACGUUGCAGCAGGAGUUUUCGCUGGUCAACCUGCAGAUCAGAAACGUGGACGUGGAGAUGGACGCGUUGAACCGCAGCUGCGUGGUGUCGGCUCACUUCGGCAGCCAUCAGGUCCGCCUGGUGGUCAAGUUUCCCGCUCAGUAUCCCAACAAUGCAGCACCGACCUUCCAGUUCGUCUCGCCUACAACCAUCCCGUCCGCCACCAAGACCAAGAUCCAGAAGAUCCUGACCGACACGUCUCUUCAGAAGGUGAAGAGGAACCAGAACUGCCUGGAGCCGUGUGUCCGGCAGCUGGUGUCCUGUCUGGAGUCGGAAAUGACACAGGAGGACGGUCCAGUCUCCGGCCCCUUCGUCCUGUCCAACCCCGUCGCUCCAGCCCUACAGGCGUUCCCUCGGGUCACCAACACUUACGGCUCCUAUCAGGACGCCAACAUCCCGUUCCCUCGGACCUCUGGCGCUCGUUUCUGUGGCGCCGGCUGUCUGGUUUACUUCACCCGACCAAUCACCAUGCACCGCUCUGUCCCGCCCACUGAGCCCACUCCUAGGUCCCUGUCAGCUCUGUCGGCCUAUCACAGCGGAGUGUUGACUCCGAUGAAGAUGCGUUCAGAGUCUCAGAGCACCCUGCGUUUGUACAGCGGCAGCCCAACUCGCUCCGACAAAGACACCGUGUCCAUCUCCUCCUUCUACUAUAAAGAACGGAAGCCCCCAAUCUCUGCCUCCCGCCGCUGGUCUGUCCAAACCCUCUGUGAUUGGCCGAAAUCUCGCCGGUUUAAGACAAAGCGAGAGGGAGUGGACUACGGAAACCGUCCCAUCAAACUGGCAGGAAAAGUGAUCGUCCAGGAAAUCUCGUGUCUGCUGCCCGUCCACAAAGCUCUGGGAGACAGUUACAUUCUGAACAUGAACGACAUCCAGGAAACGUGUCAGAAGAACGCGGCGGCUUCGCUCACAGUCGGACGCAGAGACGUGGCAAAGGUGUGGGCUCUGGCAUCUGCAGCCACCAGCCAGGACCUGAGUCCAGACUCAGACCCGGACACAGAGACCCCCUGGGCCAGACACCCGUUUGGACGCCACCUGCUGGAGACUCUCUUGGAUCACUACAGUCACAUGAGUGACAUUCAGACUCUGGCGAUGCUGUGCAGCGUGUUCAGAACUCAGGCUCCUCCUCCAGACUCCUCCCCUUUGUACGGACGUCACCGCUUCCAGGCGGUCCACUCUCGAUACCCCAGCUACACCUCCAGCUCCGUUACUUCGGGCUCGUGCUCCAGCAUCUCCGACUCCGUCACCACCUGGACCGCAGGGAGGGACUCGGAGCACGCCACCCCCUGGGGAGAGGCCUCUCCUGACGACUACCGCCAGGGUUACGGCGACCCCCGUGACCGGGAGCAAGAGCAGCACGACAUGAACAAGAGACUGCUGGACCCCACCAACACGCUUCAGUUCGACGACUUCAAGAAGUGUUACGGUGAGAUCCUGUACCGAUGGGGUCUGAGGGAGAAGAGGGCCGACGUGCUCAAGUUCGCCUCGAGUCCUCCGGAACCGCACAAAGGCAUCGAGUUCGGGGUGUACUGCUGCCACUGCCGCAGUCCGGCUCGUGGUACUCAGUGUGCCGUCUGCAAGCGGCUCACCUUCCAGUGCGCCGUCUGCCACGUGGCCGUUCGCGGCUCCUCCAACUUCUGCCUGAGCUGUGGACACGGAGGACACACCAGUCACAUGAUGGACUGGUUCCGCCGGCAGGACGAGUGCCCGGCCGGCUGCGGCUGCCACUGUCUGCUGCAGAGCACCUUCUGAUGGUCUGAGAGGAGACCCCCUCAGGACCAGACCUCCACAGACCCUUCUAACCCCCCCAGGACCAGACCUCCACAGACCAUUCUGACCCCUUCAGGACCAGACCUCCACAGACCAUUCUAACUUUCUGAAUAUUCUCUGAAAAGAUUAUGAAUGUAUCUGAAAUUAUAAUAAAGUUUGAGUUCAAAUGGU